AUUUACACUAGAGAAAUACACCGCUGUCCCAGACUCUUCUGCGCUCCCAGCCUCCUACCUCCAAACAUCAGCAAUUGCUCGAAGCGUGUUAAUAAUCAAAUCCCUCUCCGUAUUCUCCUGCCCAUUUAGCCGGACUUUGCUUUUUUGGUGGCCUCCGGGGCUUAUCUGAGACCCAACAUGGCAUCAAGCCCGGAAAUGACUAUCCUCGAGCCCUGCGCUGGGAGCAGCAAGUGGCAACUGAGCAAGAAGCCCUUCUCCCUGGAAGCAGUAGAGCCCGCCGCGUUGCCGAAGCAGUGUUACAUCUUUCUGGAUGUACGCGACUACCCACCCGCAGACGGCCGUCGUCAAAAGCUCCUCGCUCAUUUUGGCGUACCCGAAUUCGUGGCGAACAGAACAUGCUUUGAGGUGAACGGCUACUUUGGAAACAAGGCAACCUACACUCAAGAGCACACUUCUACGAACUAUAUUACCAGCUACAGUGCGAUCCCAACUCCCUGUCAUGCAGGACACGGGCAGGAGCUGACAGGUGCAGCGACUUGGUUCCGAUGUCUGGUAAAGAUGGUUAAGAAGGUGGAGGAAGAUGCCCACGACAACGAUCAAGAAUAUGUGACCAGCAGCAAGGGCUACAAAUGGUUUGAAAUGUCCUUCUUCACCCGCUGGGAUCACCCAAACUCGUCUCGAAUUCUGUGUGUCGACUGUCCGCCCGACUUUCCGGACGAGUUGCUGAAGCUUCUUCGGAAACGAACUGAGCCGCUCGACUUCCGAGACCCUUAUGCGAUGCAUACGAACCUUGUGGACCAGCUCAUUGUCUACGCGGACAUCGCCGUGUGGCGGGUGCGAGACCCGGUCCGGCUUCUCGAGAAGUAUCGCAUGAGGACCGGCGCCAUCUUCGGCCCAAUCCACGAGAUGUCCCGCCACGCUAUCCACACGUCUGAAGUGCUUGAAGCCACUAUCGAGACACUCACGGAGAUGCAAGAGUGUCGAACCGCGAUCCAGGGCAAACUACUCGAAGAUCUGGGUGAAACGUACAUAGAGCAGGCCAAUGGCUACGCGCAGUUUCAGAUUUCGCUGGUGAAGAGUUUGAAAUUGCGAUCUGAGUCGAACCACAGGCGGCUGGAGAACGAGAUCAACCUGGCUUUCAACAACAUCGCGCGCCAGGACAACAGCGUCAUGAAGUCCAUUGCGCUGCUCACUAUGGUCUUCCUCCCGGCCACCUUCAUCUCGGCGAUCUUCAGCACCACCUUUUUCAGCUUUGGCGAGGAAAACAAGACCUGGGAGGUGUCGGACAAGCUGUGGAUCUACUGGGCCACCACCAUACCGGCCACCAUCGUCACCGUGGUGCUCUGGCAGGUCUGGCUUGUCUACGGCGACGUCAUCGCCAAAUUUUCGCAGACCCAGUACGAACAGGCUCUUGCGCGAUGGAAGAGCCUGAGGGAGCGAAGGGUACAAGCACAGCGCGCCUCGGACAAGGUCGAAACUGCGUAAGAAUUGUAUCUGCCUGUCUGUAAAAUGGUUCAUCCGAGAGAACGGUGGUACCGGUUCGAUGACAAAAGAAAAACACAUAUCUUUCUCCUAUUGCCAUAAC